GAUUGUAUCCAUUCCCAACAGACUGUCUCCCAAAGUGGUUCGCGGUCGGAAUUAGAACGGGAUUAAGUUCAGGAAAUUCAAUAAGAAGUGAAUUUACCUGUGCGCACAGGUGCGUAGUAGAGAGACAGAGAGAGAGAGAGAGACAGAGAGGAAGGGAGGGCACAAAUAGCAACAACCGGGAAAAGUUACGGAUGCAAACUUCCCAUUGACACAUACAGUGAGAAACCGGAGCGACUCAUCAACUGUUAAUCUGCGAAUACAAGAGGAAACACCAACAACCAUGAAGAAAUACUCGUAUCCAGUGAGAUCAGCCAGCGCUCGGACAAGGAGAACAGACAGGGAGGGAUCUGGCAUCACCAGUCCCACACUGAAGCGGUCGUUUGAGGUGGAGGAGACAGAGUCCUCCACAAACCCUUCGCCCCUGACUCGUCGGAACACCAAUCCUCUCCGCUCGUCCGCCUCCUCCACAUCCAGCCAGCGGAGCUACGACCAGAGCUUCCGUAGCACUGAAUACUCCUCCCCCCGAUCCUCCCCCUCUGAGACUACCAAUCCACGUUCUCCAAAGACCGGCAUGAGGCGCAUGGAGCUAUCAGGGGGUCGUAACCCUGACACAGCCUCAUCCCGCCGCCCAGAAAUGUCCAUUGAGGUCUCCUCUAAGCAGAUUGACAACUCGCCCAGUGCCGGCAUCGCCCGCUUUGGCCUCAAGCGGCCUGAGGUCAGUCUCAGCAAUCGGAGUAUACUCCUGGACAGCUCCUCCAACUCCACCUCCACAAACAGGCGGGCUGAGAUCAGCAUGACACGGCAGCACGAGCCCCCCGCCCCUCCGAAGAGAACGGACUCCCAGAUGUCCUCAGCCCCAAUCUCGAGGAUCCCCGAGCCCCCUCAGAGAAGAGUGGAGCUCCAGUCCCCAGUCACCAGCCCAAUGGAGGCAGCCUCCAGGAAGCCAGAGAUGCCGGUCUUCAGACAGUCAGACGGUUUGGUGCCCAGCAGUGCAGUGGAGAACAACAACAACAACCACCCGCCUCCUGCUCCUAGUGCCCCCCUGCCCUCACUGGCAGAGCCCCAGGUGGAGAGGGUGGAGAGGGUGGAGAAGGUGAAGGUGGAGAAGGUGGAGAAGGUGGAGAGGGUGGAGAGGGUGGAGAGGGUACAGUCUCCAGUCCCAGAGCCUCCAACGGCCCGACCAACAGAAAGGCCUGAGGUGAUUCCCAGCUACAGCAGCAGUGCCAUGUCUGAGGUGGUGAUGCCUGAUGCCAUAGUGUCCCCAGCAGUGGGAGUCCCGUACGUGGAGAAUCCCGGGGACCCCGUGGGGGACUUCAGCUACGUAGGCAUUGAUGCCAUUCUGGAGCAGAUGAGGAGGAAGGCCAUGAAGCAGGGCUUUGAGCUCAACAUUAUGGUUGUGGGACAGAGUGGCCUGGGAAAGUCCACUCUGAUGAACACGCUGUUCAAGUCUAAAGUCAGCCGUAAGUCAGUGCAGGCGACCGGCCAGGAGAAGAUCCCCAAAACAAUCGAAAUAAAGUCCAUCAGUCAUGACAUUGAGGAGAAGGGAGUGAGAAUGAAGCUGACAGUCAUCGACACACCGGGCUUUGGAGACCAGAUCAACAAUGAGAACUGCUGGCGGCCCAUCAUGAAGUUCAUUAAUGACCAGUACGAGGCGUACCUGCAGGAAGAGAUCAACAUCAACAGGAAGAAAAGGAUUCCAGACUCCAGAGUCCACUGCUGCAUUUAUUUUAUUCCCCCGACGGGACACUGUCUGCGACCUCUGGAUGUAGAAUUCAUGAGACGUCUCAGUAAGGUGGUCAACAUCGUCCCGGUCAUCGCUAAGGCGGAUACACUCACCCUGGAGGAGAGGGACUUCUUCAAAAAGAAGAUCAGGGAAGAGCUGCGAGCCAACGGGAUUGACGUGUACCCUCAGAAAGAAUUUGACGAAGACGCCGAGGACAGAAUGAUCAACGAGAAGAUCAGGGAGAUGAUCCCCUUUGCUGUGGUGGGCAGCGACCAGGAGUACCAGGUCAACGGCCGGAGGCUGCUGGGGAGGAAGACCAAGUGGGGAACUAUUGAAGUUGAGAACAUAGCCCACUGCGAGUUUGCCUAUUUACGGGAUCUCCUCAUCAGGAGCCAUAUGCAGAACAUUAAGGACAUCACCAGCAGCAUCCACUAUGAAAUGUAUCGUGUGAGGCGCCUCAACGAGAAUAACACGGUGGUGGCUCACGCUAACGGUGUCCCUGAACAUCAUCUCGCCGCCCACGAGAUGUAGACCCCACCCGCUCCACUGCAGCUAAUCCACUGAGUGCGAGUCAUUUGCAAUGGGACUUUGACCUUCACUGACAGUCUACCCACCACACCAGCCUUCCACUCCAUCCAUCUCCAUCUCACAGGUGGGAUAGAAACUUAAAAAGCCUGCCAGAGGGACUUUAUUUUCAAUGACGUCCUGCGGCUGAAUGGACUGUUCAUGUCAGUUUCUUUGCCUCAUUAACAAACACUAUUGCUGACUAAGAGAGUGAAGAGAAGUUUGAUUCUCCGUAAUGUGCUGCAGCUUGAUUUGACCUGCUUCCAGAUUUUACAGUUACCCUCUGGCUAUUCCUUGUGGUGCCAAACAUUAAGACAAAACAAAACGGACCGAAGCUUUUUAUCUUUCAGUGUCAGAAAUGCCUUAACCAGUAACAUGUUUAUCUUCUCCACUUGUACUUUUAAGUUAGAUAUUAAGAAUUCAUGCCGUACCAGAACACAGUUUUUCUGUCUCUAUGCAAACAGCUGUAUACAUAUGUGGGAAGUGAUGAUUUCAUUAUUGCACUUGAUCACUACAUAGCCUGUUGUUUUACAGCAUGUUGGCAGGGGGCCGGGAAGCGCUCUGCCAACAUGUGACGCACACACACUCAUACCAGCCUGUCUGUGUGAGGAAGGGUCCGUCAGCUCUGUCCCUAAACCAAAAAAAAGGUUAUCAAAUAGCACAUGUGUUUGUAUCUUUUUUCUGUCACACGCUUUGUUUUGCUAUAACUCUUUGUUAAAUGUUCAUGUUAAAUAUGGAUGUCAGGUCCUAGACAUCUUUUUAAAUCCCCAGAUAUAAAUGUCAUUGUUUUUUAAUAGAAAUAUCUUAAGAGUGAUUUAAGAUGAAUAAGUAUUUAUGCACGAUAUAAAAUGUGAACGUUUGUCAUCAGAUUAUUCACACACACAUGCGCCGACACAUACACGCUCUCUCACACACUAUCCCUGCUUUCGGGCCCAUCGUAGUGCCUUAUUUAUUGGAGAAUGUUUGCUAGCAUGUUGGCUAAAACUGGAAAGAGAGCAGGUUUGUUGGUGCCAAGUCGACUACAUUUUAGCCAUUUUUCAAUAUGUUUCCCUUGUUUGUCUGCGGGAAAAGAUCCAGUCUUCCAUUACCAGUCCUUUUUUUCCUCUAUUUUUCAUAAUAUACCAAGGACCUUUACCUGUUUGGAACAUAUAUAUAUAAUUCCCUAAGCUGUCACUGUCAUGCUCUGUCCUGUAUAUUCUUCUGUGUUCUGAUACAUUUUUGUACUAUUGAUAAUAACACAUUUUCCUUUAUCUUAUUUUAAAGAAAUAAAAAUUAAAGUUGUAAAUAUAUAAUUUC